AUGUCGUUUGAUGAUAACCCUUCGAACAAGAGGGCCCGCGCUUCCGGAGAAGUGUUGGACUAUCUCUUGCAAGAAUUCGAGCACAACCACAACCCAUCCCCGGAGCAAAGAAAGGAGAUAAGUGACCGCACCAGCAUGAGCGAGAAGGCGGUACGAAUCUGGUUUCAGAACAGAAGAGCCAAAUUGAGGAAGUUGGAAAGAAUGGGAAGAAAUAGCACUGGCGGUAACGGUGGACAUGGCGGGACUUCGUCUAUCCACUCUUCGAGAUCGAACUCGAUCUCCAUACAUGACUCACGCCCCAACAGCUUGCUCUACAGCUUCAACUCCAUACCAAUUGAAAUCAACGAAAAAUACUGUCUUGUCGACUGUCUGUCGUUAUCAGUUGGCUCUUGGCAAAGAAUCAAGACCGGGUUCCAUGAUGAAAAUAUACUAAAACUGUCACUAUCGAACUUAUCCCCAUUUACGUUGAAUACUGUGAUGUCGAAUGUGGACUUGUUGGUGAUACUAUCGAAGAAGAACUUGGAGUUGAAUUACUUCUUUCUGGCCAUUCUGAACAAUUGUAAGAUCUUGUUUAGGAUCUUCUAUCCGAUCCUGUCGAUCAUCACUUGUCUGUUACUCGACAACAACAUAAACAAGGAGAACAGCGAGUUGAGAGUAAGUUUAUCACACCAGCCCAAAUUCCUGGUGUUUUUCUUCAACGGAGCCAAUGCUGAGUCGAAUCAAUGGAGCAUAUGCGAUGAUUUCAGUGAGGGCCAACAAGUUCUGCUUGCCUACUGUAAUGAGGGAGGCAGUUCUAUACCGCAUGUUUUGGUAGGGGUCAAGAACAGUUUACAGUUUUUGAAUGCUUAUAUCUUGGAAAAUAACCAAUUAGGACAUCUUCACCAAAACUCACAGCAAAUUCUUCAACUGCAGACUCAGCAGCAGCAUCACUUGCAUCAUCCACAAGACCAAGCAGGUACGGAAUAUAUUCCAUUCGAAGAGGAAGGAGUUCAUGCCGUUGGCGAGCACGACUUUCAAUUUAAGACUGGAAACAAUCUCGAAUGGGAAAACGGCAAGUUCAACGGCUUCUCACCUUUAGGCGAAGGAAUCGAUUCAGAAACAUCACCAAAUUCAAUCACCAGUAACAACAGUGCUGGAAGUAUACAAGUGGGCCCAUUAAUACCUAAUAAUGACCAAAACAUGCAUCAUACCAAUCAUAUUAAAAAUGGAGGACAGAACAAGCCGAAUGAUGGAAAAGACAGUACCCGCAAUGGCCACCACCCUUCCAAUGUAGUAAACGGCAGCAACAAUCCUAAUCAUAGUAAUAAUAAUAAUAAUAACAAUAAUAAUAAUCAUGGGACCAAGGGUCACAGCAGCAACAACGUUAACAACCUUAAUAAUAAUAAUCACAACAACAACAGUAAUAAUAGUAACAUUAAUAACCACAAUAACAACAAAGAGUUCACCAUAAACUCACCAGAUUUUUUUAGUGGGGGACAGACACCGGGGCUUGCUUCAUCGUUGAAUCCCAAUGAUCCGUCGGCAACGACUGACACUUUAAUUCACAGUCCAAGUACAAAUUUACAGGCCUACACGCAUCAGCACCAUUCACCCUUCGGUAGUGAUUCAAAGCAGCAAUACAAUGGUAUAGCGGCCAAUGGAGACCACGACAUGGGAGAUGAGCAAUUUAUUGAUCUUAAUGGCCUUGGAGAUACCCCCGGAGGGGCUUCAAUCACCAACAAUCCAACACCUAGUGGAGUGGUAGGUUCCGAGACUUUCACAGGUGCUACCCCUAACGCGGGUCAACCUGAACUGGCACCACUGGGAAGCCAUCAAGAUUUCGAGUUUACAUUGAGUAAUGAGUUUAUAGCGCAAACACCAGGAAGUGAAGCCAAUUAUUCCAAUGGUCAUAAUAAUCAACAUGUGGACAGUUUUAUUGAUUACAAUAGUCAUUAUCCUUGA